GAGCGGUUGCUGCCGAGCGACGCGCACGCGACGUCCUGGUCCGGGAAACGGUCGCACGGCGGCCCCCCGCCCGGGCCGGAGAAGGAGCUCCGCCAGCAGCUCUCCCACGUCUGGCGGCGCUCGUCGGAGCAGGCGCGGGAGCUCGAGGAGGUCGGGCGCGACGCAGCGGAGGCGCUAUCCACCAGCGCCGACAACGCGCGGCUGCUCGGCCUGGUGCUCGAGAGGAUGCGCGUGCUGGAGGGGCCCUCGCGGAGCACGCCGCUGGGCGGGGCGCCGCUCCCGGCGCCAGUGCCGCGGAUCGGCGAGCCCGACGCCCGCCUCCCGCCGCAGCCCGCGCUG